AUGGAAUGCGCCUCCACCGUUGAUUACCACAUCUCUCACGACGGCAGUUUGAUAGGCCCGAUUGUUCCCUCCAGAGGGCUCAGGCAGGGUGAUCCCAUCAGCCCCUACCUAUUUAUCAUUAUAGCAGAAGGCCUCAGUGCUAUGAUCAAGAUUGCAGAGGAUAACGGCCUCCUUCACGGCAUCCAGGUUGCCCGCGGUGCUCCGAAGAUCUCACACCUUCUUUUCGUCGAUGAUAGCUUCUUGUUCUGUAAAGUCGCUAUCCCGGAGAUCCAUUCUGUUAAUGGAGUAGGGAAUUUCAGUUCUUACCUCGGGUUACCUUCCCUAAUUGGUAGAAACAAAAAGGAUAUUUUGGGCUUCCUCAAAACCAGAGUUCUUUCCAAAAUCCGUUCGUGGAAUCACAAGUUCCUCUCACGGGCUGGAAAGGAAGUGCUCAUCAAAAGCGUUAUUCAGGCUCUCCCUACCUACGCCAUGAGUGUGUUCCUUAUUCCAAAGGACAUUGUGAGAGACAUCGUGUGUGCAAUUAAUGCUUUCUGGUGGGGAACUGAAUAUGGCAACUACAAGGGAAUCUGCUGGAAAUCAUGGUCCAGGCUCUGCACACCCAAGGACUGGGGAGGAAUCGGCUUUCAUCAAUUUGAUCUUUUUAGCAAAGCCCUUCUCUGCAAACAGGUUUGGCGUCUUAUCCAGAAUCCUUCCUCCCUCGCUGCCAGAGACGCAUAUGUCUCCUCCCUCUUCAUUAACAAUCCCCUGCAAUGGGACUCAGAGAUUAUCUUUGACAUCUUCAACAAUAGAGACGCUUCCUUGAUCACCAAUAUCCCCCUUCCCAUAUCUGAUAGAGAUGACAAGCUUGUCUGGAUGGGAGAAGAUCGUGGGCACUUCACUGUCAAAAGUUGUUACCGACUCCUCAUGGGUGAGCAGCCAUCAGCGAGUAAGUUGGAAUGGGCAAUUCUUUGCAAACUCAAAGUCCCACCUAAAGUGAAAUCCUUCAUGUGGCAGGAAUGUGCAUCUUGCCUUCCCACUGCUGACUUGCUCCGUGCCAAGAAGUCUGUUAGUAUGUCUGGUUUGCAUCUGAAGGUCUGGAAUAACUCAAACCACUCGCCUGCUUCCAUUGUGGCUAGAGCUACAUCGCAUCUGAAGGAAUGGUCCUCUAAUCACGCUACUGAUGAAUUCGCCCCUCCACAACACCCUGCCACCAUCAUCAAAUGGAAGAAGCCAGCUCCAAGGAUAUCUAAAGCUCAACGUUGA